AUGAAUUCUAAAGACACGAAAGAAACGUUGACAGUACAGGAGAUUUUAGAAAGACAAAGAUUGUUAGAGGAGGAAGCGGGAGAAAUACUAUCAUGGAAAUUUGACGAGUGCACGUAUAAUAAAGGGUAUAUACGUCAACUAGUUUACGCUUGUAAAACUUGUAAACCAAAUGAAGGGUAUGGGCCAGGUGGUGUUUGUUAUUCAUGUUCAAUUUCUUGCCAUGCAGACCAUGAGCUCGUUGAACUGUUCCCUAAACGUAACUUCAAGUGCGAUUGUGGAACCGCUCGUCUUGGAAGAACCGUUUGUAAACUCGAAGCGAAACCACCAAACACGUCGAAUGAACAUAAUAAAUAUGAUCAUAAUUAUGAAGGUCGUUUCUGUUGGUGCAAAGUUGAUUACGAUCCAGAGAAAGAAGAGAAUAAUAUGCUUCAAUGUGUCAUAUGCGAAGACUGGUUUCAUGAAAAUUGUAUUAGUGGAGAAAAGCAAGAGGAGAAGAGGUUUUCGAUACCUGACUUGGAUACGUUUGAAGAAUUCAUGUGUCAUAAAUGCCUUGACAAAUAUUCUUUUCUAAAGCCUUACCUCAAUUCACACAUGUUUUUCUCUGGUCAAUACAAUAAAAAAACCCAUCAAGUUAAUGGGGUUGACGAGAAUUCCAACGAUUCCAGCACCGGUGAUAAAAUGUCACAGCCUCCCAACAGCUGUAAGGAUAAUGAAACCACUACAACCCAAACCAGCACAGUUUCGCCGUCAUCACCAACUCCUCAUGUAAAUAAUAAAAGAAAGAUUGAGGAAGAUGAAGUGGUUGAUGGCAAAGCCUUGCUGCCUAAAAGGUCAAAGAAUGAUGGUACUGAUGAUACUAAUGUGUGUAAGCGUGAAAGAUGGCCGGUAGUGAAUGACGACGUAGAGGUCGAUUUGUUUUGUGUUCAAGGCUGGCGUGAUGAUUUGUGCCGUUGUAGUAAAUGUAUUGAACUUUAUAAGAAACAUCAAAUUGAGUUCAUUCUCAAUGUAGAAGAGACUUAUGAACCGCCAGAAGAUGAUGACGCACAGAAAUCAUUGUUUGACUGCGGAAUGAAAGCGUUGAAUCAAAUGGAUAGGGUCGCUGCAAUCGAAGGAAUACUUGCUUAUAAUCAAUUCAAGGAUGAACUUAUUGAAUUCUUAAAGCCAUUCGGAGAAUCUGGCAAGACAGUCACAGUUAAAGAUGUCAAUGAAUUCUUUGAGGCAAAAUUUCGCGAUCGUAAACCAGCAACGGGCUCCUUCUUUUAA